GGAUGAGGGCUAGACAUUGUUUUUGUCAAAGCUCCCCUAGAGAUUCUGAGGUACAGCCAGGAUUGAGAAGCAUUUCCCUAGAACAGAGGUCUCAAGUUUGGCACAUGUUAUAACCACUUGAGGAACUCUGAAAAAAUACUGCUAAAUGGGAUUAUGAUUUAAUUGACCCUGGGAUAAGUCUGGGCAUCAGGAUUUCUAAAAGCUUCCAAGAGCAUGUAAUGUGCAGCUCGGGAUGAGAACCAGUGCCCUAGACCAAGUACUUCAUUUCACAGAUGGGAACCUGAAGCCCAGAGGUGGGAAUGUAUUUGUCCAAGGUCAGACAGCAAAUGAAUGCAGAGUAUUCCUUUUCUCACCCUACAGGGCACAAAGCACCAGACUCCUUUAAUUGUAUCGCUGAUCAUUUGCUUCCAUACAGAUGAUCUUAUUUGACCCUCAUAACUUCUGGUGAGGUAGUGGGCAGUCAUUACCCCCAUCUUACAGCUGAGGAUGUCAAGGAACAAAACUGUCCAGGUGACUUGCCCAAGGUAAAGGCAAGAACCUAGAAUGCCCAGUUCCUGGUCCAGUGCUCUUUUAACCCCAUCCAUUGUCAUGUACACGUUCUAGAAUGAACAGGUCAAUGCCAGUGAGCUGGGUUCCAGGUGUAAAAGGGAGGGACUAUGAGGUGACAUUCUAGAAGGGCGGAGAGGGUAGGACAGAAGGCAGACAACUCUUCCCUCACAAACAGGGGCUUUAGAGAAGCCAUGUCCUAUUUCAUGUCUCCACAAACUCAUCCAGGUCUUCCGCCUUCCGGCCAAGGUGGGGCUGCUUCUCUGGGCUCAUCCCUUGGCCUCUAUAGUCCUGUAGAGCCAGUGGUGGUGGCCUGUGGUGGACAAGACCCACUGAGCCAGAAAGCUGAGCAGGUGACACCCGUUGCCCAGGGCCCGGCCCUGGCAGUGCCAGAAGCCAGGGGCUGCCCUGGGAGGGCUAGCUGGGAGCCACUGCGGCAGAAGUCCAGCCGGUACUGCCACAAAUUCGCCCACGUGAGGCAGCCGGAGAGCCGGGGCUGGGAGGAUGGCUGCUCCAGAAGCAGAGCUCCCUACCUGGGUGGCCCCAGCAGGCCUGGGCCCCUGCUGCUGUGUGGGCUGUCCUCUGAGACAGGAGGGAAGGAGGCCGGCUCCCAGCCCAUCUGCAUCCUUACCUUGGCCAUGAUGAUCGCUGGCAUCCCCACCGUGCCUGUCCCAGGCCUACGGGAAGAGGACCUGAUCCGGGCAGCUCAAGCUUUCAUGAUGGCCCAUCCGGAGCCAGCAGGGGCUGUGGAGGGGGCACGGUGGCCCUAG